CGAGCCUCCGCUCUCAACUUCCGUAAAGAUCGUGACCAAAGAAAUGGCCUGGACGAAUCUCGUUCUGACAACAAUACUGGGUCUCUUACUGGCCCUUCACGCUGCGGCAGCACCAGAGGAAUCCUACGACGAGAAGCUUAAGCUUACGCAGUUCAAGGACGGAAAGGUGCUGGCAGAAUUUUACUUUACACGGUUCAUUAGUCCCUCCGCUGUCAAAAAGGCAAAAGAUAACCACUAUACACUUCUGCCUCGGUCGAUUGGGGAAAUAAUACAGUCUUUUGGCGUGAAGGAGCUCCAUCUGACUUUCACGCAGGGAACUUGGAAUCAUGAAAAAUGGGGUUACUCCCCACUCAGCGCACCAGGCGGUGUACAAUUAUGGAGCUGGUUUGAAACAGCCAAUGUUGACAGCCAGUGGAAGGGUUUGACCCAUGCGUUGGCGGGACUUUUCUGUGCCUCCCUUAAUUUUAUAGAUCAGUCUGCGACGGCUGAGCCUUUGCUGUCAUUUCGAACAAACGGAACCGUGACUAGCGCAAGCGAACUUACUGAAUCAAACUCGCCGCAAUUACGCUAUGGGUCAUUACCGCGAGAGGCUGUUUGCACAGAGAAUCUGACACCAUGGGUCAAGUUAUUGCCCUGUCAAACCAAGGCAGGAAUAGCCAGCUUAUUUAACGCCUAUAGACUCUUUGACGGCAAUUUUCAUUCAAUGGGAACCCAUCUCCGGCCCAUUUGCACCGACGCUAUGUGCGAGCAACGGGGCAUAGAAUUUGUCCAGACCCUCGCCGUCGUCCUAGAUCCAAUGCGUUUGGACAACCGAAAGGACUGGUCGCUACAAACAAUUUUUGAACGCAAGCUAGAUUCAGCGUGCCCAGUAGCAGAAAAUACUCAAAUUGUGGUCACAGUGCCGGAAACAAGUGGAUUUACUUUUAGACCAUCUCCACCUGAUGUCAAACAGGACGGGAAGGGUCAUACUAUCGCGACCUAUCCUAUUCACCGAGAAACACCUAAAAAUAUGGACGUCGGCAUUACCUGGUCAAAUCCGACGGUAAAUCAUACCAUCGACAGAACGCAUUCCUACAUAAGAGCCAAUCGAUACCUGACCGGAUAUGGCGGGGAACGCGGUGGUCUUUCCGUUGAUCUCUACAAUUAUCGAUCAUCAGCAAUACCUGUCACCUAUUUUGAGUCCAUUCCUUGGAUUCUCAAGCUUUACCUUCACACUUUAAAGGUAGAAACAAGUGUCAACAAAAGUACAGCCGUCGUUGGAGAUAUUUUUUUUCAGCCAGCGAUUGAUCGGGGUCGUCCAUCCGUUUUGGAGAUGCAGCUGACAUUGCCACCCAAUAGUACUACCACGAUAUCAAUCGAAUUCGACAAGGCUUUUGUAAAAUACACUGAACAUCCUCCUGACGCGAAUCGUGGUUUCGACAUUGGGGCCGCUGUGAUAUCUCUGCGAGCUGAUGAGGGUGAACAAAAUACGCGGAUAUACACCGAGACACUGCUGAUUAGCCUUCCAACCCCGGAUUUCAGCAUGCCCUACAACGUCAUCACAUUGACAUGCACAUUGAUAGCGCUAUUCUUCGGGAGCAUGUUUAACCUCCUCACACGGCGAUUUGAGCCGUUAACAAUAAAGAGAUGAGCUAUCAAAAGGGACUUCGUUCUGACGACUACCCUGAAAUGGCUUAAUUUCAUCGGCGGCUAGCGCGAGAUGCAUUAGUCAGUUAUAUAUAUAUAUAUAUAUAUUACUCCAGAGUGAACGCCAGCUGCACACCACGGAUUUGUACGUAGAUACUGUCUACAGAUUAGUCAUCAAAAAAUACUCUGGCUGCAGCAAAUUACGUUAAAGG